CGUUUCCAAAGCGAAUACUACGGAUCUCAAUAAACAAGUUUUUAUCCGUUUCAUUCAAGAGUUUUCCGUUGACAAGAAAGGAAGGCAUGACACACGCCUGUGACGUCAUGGAAACCGGAAGUCCUUUAACCAGUGUGAAAGCGAUGGUUUUAGUUUCAUGUGCGAUCGGUGUGUCAUCGCAGUGUAAUGGUGAAUUGGAAUCAUGCUCUCACGGACUAUGUAGCGAUGAAUGUGAAAACUCGAAUGCUUCAGGCAGCGGAGUGGAGAUCAUUGUAAUCAUUAUGAGUAUAUCUGUGGCAUUAAUUAUUGGACUUGCUAUCGUUUUGGUUUACGUGUGCUUUAAACAAGGACCUUGGUCACAGAGUGUCGACGCACCAUCGAAUGAGAGCACCACAUGCGAUUCAAGCACGGGUGUGGAAAUUCCAGACUACUUAAUGCGAAGGCGAUUUUCGUCGCUCAGUAUGACUGCUGGUCCUCCGCCUUAUUUUAGUCUUUUUAGCUUCAAUUUAAACGGUAUUGGCGAGAUGCAAAGCACGGUUGUAGGAGAAAACGUGGGAACUGAAACAUCAAAUGAACAACCGCCAGAGUAUGGUAUUUUGUUCGGAAACUCUCCCCCUCCGUAUGAGCAUGUGGUGAAGAUUUCGCAGUUACUAAAGCCUUUAGAAACAGGGACCACUGUUAUCACCACCGCUGGCUGAUGAAAAAUUUACUCAAAGUUUAAGUGCGGUGCGGUCCAAGUGAAGAACUAAACGUGUUCGUUACUGUUGAAUCACGCGAUGUGAUUAAGAUUGCACGCGGUGGCACGCAAUGGUCUCACUGUACAGUUAUGUAAGCUCACAGUGGCAGUCUAUCAGAGGCUAAAGUCUGUGUCAAAUGGUAAAGUUUAAAAUAAUUUAUCAUACUGCAAACGGCAAUUUUGAUCUUUUUUCCUGUUAAUUAUCCAAAAAUUCAUGCGAAAUAAUUAAAUUCACGGCGAUUAUGUUGCUCCCACAAACUAAAAUGAAGGGUCGCUUUUAUUUAUUCUAUUCAUGUUUCGCCUGUUAACUUAAUUUGCUUUCGAUGAGUACUUCGAAGACGACUCUGUAAGUUAUAACUUGAAGAAUGCCUUUAAUUUUCAGUUUCGUUCAGAAGAUAGUCUUUCAAAAGAAAGUCCCUUAGAAGAUAGUCUUUAGUUAUAUGUGCAGUUCAAGUAAUUUUGACGGCAAUGCCCUCUCGUAUUUUUUUAGAUUACUGUAUUUCACUGAAAAUAAGAAUUUAAAAAACAUCUGUCUUUAUCACUCUUGUUACUGUACAAAACUUGGAAGAAAGACAAACAAAUCAAAACAAAAAAAAAAUUAACAGGAUUUGCAUUUUUGUUUCAUCUCGUCGUGUGGCGGAGGGGCCGGAAAAAGGCGAGUCCGGAAAAUCGACCUUCGGGUUUCAAAUUAAACGGCUUUUACGUAAUCUCCUAGUAAAACCGCACGAGUUAAUUACAAAGUCUUAUUAUAAGUGAAUUUUGUAGUUGUAAGAAUUUACUUGCUAAUUCUUCUACGUUCAAAUAUCCUUUUAAAUCUUUGAUUUCAAAGAUCUAAGAAUCCUUUUUUUUAGAUUUGAUUUUACUUCUUUUAACUUACUAGCGGGCACAGCCUUUAUUGCCAUUGCACGGAUCAACUUUGUAAAAGGUGAAUUUUAUUCGUUUCUAUUUAUUGCUAUUGAUUGUAAAUAGUUGAGCAAGUAUUCGUUAUUCAUGCACACGUUGAAAGUUGUAUAUAUUAUUUAACUUUAAUUUAUUUGGUUCAAAAUAAAGAGUACACAAAUUUAUGUGAGGAAUGGUUUCGUAAUGUCAAUAGACGUGAAAGAAAUUCAUUGCAACAACAUUGUGCAGAUGGUCCAACGCCCGCAACAGCAGUUCAGUUAUUUUAUUUGUAAACGUUGGUGAUGAGGUAAUAAGAUUAAGGCUUCCUGUUUUGUAAGUAACAAUGAUCAAUGCGGUCCGAUUUAAAAAAAUGUUGUUUUCGUGUUUAGACUUGGUUUGCGCGAGGAAAUGAUUCAAGUUAGAUAAACUCCAUGGCAAAUGGGGAAGUAAGUGGGCGGAUAGCAGGGGAAAACGAUAAUACUUUCAUUACAUUGGACGACAUUCUUUCAAUAUCCUCUCGACAUGAUUAGUUUUAUAUUUCUAGAAGAAGCGGUAACUUUUAUCUCCCUUGCGCUGUUCACCCU